AUCAAAACAUGGGGCAGGCCAUGAGACCCCAAUGACCAUCCCUGCAUUUUUUCGGGAGUCAGUCAGCCGAUUUGGGGCCUACCCGGCCCUCGCAACGAAGAACAGUGAACGGUGGGAAACUCUGAAUUUCAACCAGUAUUACGAGGCCUGUCGGAAGGCGGCGAGAGCCUUGAUCAAGCUGGGCCUGCAGCGUUUCCAUGGAGUUGGCAUCCUGGGGUUUAACUCCGUCGAGUGGUUUAUCGCUUCUCUUGGUGCCAUCUUAGCAGGGGGUCUUUGUGUUGGUAUUUAUUCUACCAACUCUGCGGACGCCUGUCAAUACGUCGUUACUCAUGCCAAAGUGAACAUCCUGCUGGUUGAGAAUGACCUACAGCUACAGAAAAUCCUUUCGAUUCCGCGGGGCAGGAUGGAGACCCUAAAAGCGAUCAUCCAGUACAAGCUGCCAAUGAAGGAGAGCAGAGAUAACCUGUACUCUUGGAAUGAUUUCAUGGAGCUUGGUCACAGCAUCCCCGAUUCCCAGCUGGACCAGAUCAUGGAAAGCCAGAGGCCCAAUCAGUGUGCAGUGAUCAUUUAUACUUCUGGGACCUUAGGCAUCCCCAAGGGAGUGAUGCUUAGCCACGACAACAUCACGUGGACGGCCAGAGCAGCAGCAAAGAACUGUGGCCUGUCUACUGCUGCACAAAAGCAGGAGGUGGUGGUCAGCUACCUCCCCCUCAGCCACAUUGCGGCUCAGAUGAUGGACAUCUGGGUCACCAUGAAGAUCGGGGCCUCCACCUACUUUGCUCAGCCAGACGCUCUCAAGGGCACCUUGAUCAAUACUCUGCAGGAGGUAAAGCCUACUGCCUUCCUGGGGGUGCCCCGAAUCUGGGAGAAGAUGCAGGAGAGGAUAAAGGAAACUGGCGCCAAAUUCUCAAGCCUGAGGAAGAAGGUGUUUUCAUGGGGAAGAGUUAUUGGCUUCAAGAUCAAUACAAAAGGGAUGUUGGGGACACAUGAUACUCCCAUAAGCUACCGCGUGUCGAAGGCCCUCGUGUUCAGCAAAGUCAAGAGUGCCCUUGGCCUUGAUCGCUGCCACUCUUUUAUCAGCGGAGCCGCACCCCUCAACCAACAGACCGCUGAGUUCUUCCUAAGCCUGGACAUACCCAUAGGCGAGAUGUACGGUAUGAGUGAAAGCUCAGGGCCCCACACCGCAUCCAGCCGGGAGAGCUACAGGAUUCAAAGCUGUGGCAAAGUCAUGGAUGGAUGUAAGAACAUGCUGUACCAGAAGAACAAGGACAGCAUAGGGGAGAUCUGCAUCUGGGGCCGGCACGUCUUCAUGGGCUAUCUGGAUAUGGAAGAUAGGACCAUGGAGAUCAUUGACGACGAAGGCUGGUUACACACCGGGGACCUGGGCUACACAGACAACCAGGGCUUCCUCUACAUCACCGGCCGCAUCAAAGAAAUCCUCAUCACAGCCGGCGGUGAGAACGUGGCCCCUAUUCCCAUUGAGAACCUGGUUAAAGAGAAGAUUCCCGUAAUCAGUCAUGCCAUGUUAGUGGGAGAGAAGGCAAACUUUCUAAGCAUCCUGCUGACACUGAAGUGUAAGAUGGACGGGAUAACUGGAGAGCCACUGGACGAGCUAAGCUCGGAGGCCAUCAACUUCUGCCGGAAACUGGGAAGCCACGUGUCCACCGUCUCUGAGAUUUUGGAGCUGCAGGACCCCCUGGUCUACAAGGCCAUCCAAGAGGGCAUAGAUGCCGUGAAUGAGGAAGCCAUCUCCAAUGCACAGAGGAUCCAGAAGUGGGCCAUCCUGGAGAAGGACUUUUCUGUCCCCAGUGGAGAGCUGGGUCCGACGACAAAGGUUAGGAGACAUUUUGUGGCCCAGAAAUACAAAAGGCUAAUUGAAAGCUUCUACUACUGACCUCUCUGGCGGAGCAGCUCUCGGCUGUCCCAACGGGUCAUGGCGAGCCGUGCACACUCCUUCUUGGCUGGCUGCCAAGGCUGUUAGCUGUUCCUCCUGCCUUUUCUACUCGUCUCAGAGAAGGAGCGGAGCAAUCUUCCCAUCCAGGACCAGGUUUUGCUGUUAAAAUGCUCAAAUGUUUCCUAGCUCAUGUGGAGGAGGCCUUUUGUUAGGAACGUUCGUGGGGGGAGAGUGCUACUUGCCAGGAGCCCAAGGAAUGAUGCAUGCUGGCCCAUCGCAGAUGGUAAGGGAUGGGGUCUUGAAAAACUCCCACCUACCAACCCCUGUCCUCUCCCCAAGUCUCAACCACAGGAGCUCCCAUAACACCAAGGGUCCCUGAUAGGUUUGUGGGAACCCAGCUAGAUGCAAGAGCGUUGGCACAACAAAUUCUCAGUUGUCCUAAA